CGUUGCAGCAGCUGACAGCUAAAGCUUUUGUCCGGAUCAAUCUAUCAUUCCACGGGUUGUGAGGACCGUGACUCGACUAGUGUGACAUACCGUAGGGAGGUGAGGAUCGUCGGUAUAGGUGCCUCGUGCCUGAUGCGGUCAAGUUGGAAGCUGACCGUGGACCUCAUCAACUGAUUGAGUGCAAAGCCUCAAGAGUGUGUUGGCAGGGCGUCAUGGGCGAUUACACGGGAUCUACCGGCUCGAACCUCACCACACCGGGGCUCGAUCUUCCCGGCACCACGGAGAUUUACAUUCCUAUGGAGUUUGACCUGACGCUGGAAAUGCAAAGCAUCUUCGUCCCCGUGAUAGUCAUCACGCUGUGUAUUGGACUCCUAGCCAACUUUCUUGCGGUCUUCAUUACGUUCAAAUGCGCGAAGGAGAACCGAGAACACAAAGUGACUAUCCCUGGGAUCCUGGUGAGAGCCUUGCUUGCUAUAGACACCAGCGCUGCAAUGUUCUUCAUGGUCCGAGGCUGCUGUCUGUUCAUCUACCAGAAGACGUGGAUACAGUGCGACUUGGACCUCGCCAGCAACCUCAUUUUCUCCUGGGCCUCCGGACUGGUCAACAUGUUGAUGAGCUGUGACAGGUGCCUGGCCCUCGGCGCGCCGUUCUUCUAUCACGCGCACGCCACACGCGCCAGGACGUACCUCACGCUGGUCCUGUCCAUUCUGGCGUCGGCAGCCUUGAGUAUGCUGCCCGUCUUCGGAUUCGGAGCCUACAAGGUUUACGUCGGUGGCGAGUAUCACUGCCUGGCUCCCGGGGACCUCAGGGCCGAAGCCACGGACUUUGACUUCAGUUUCAACGUCAUGUUCUUCACUCUAGGCUUGGGCGUGCUGGUUAUCACCUACAUCGCCAACGCGGUGGUGCUGAGGCAGAUCUUGAAGCUGAGGCGGCGACUUGUGGUCGUCAUCGACUCGGAAAUGUCAAGAGCGCAAAACUCCACGGAGGGUGAGGCGAAUCGGGGAGGCGGAACCUCACGAACCUCACCGAGAACCAUCCCCGGGAAUAACACCCUCAUCCCUCGCAUAGACCCCAAAGAGAAAGCGCACGGAACAACCAACCACCAAGCCGGGAACAACAUCAGUACGGUGGAUUUGGGGGAUGAGGCGCGAACCUCACGCUCACUGAGCACCUCACGCGAGAGGACCUCAUCGUGUCCGAAGCAACCUGACGCGGGAAGGACUGAGAUGAGGUUCGGUAUCAUGAUCCUCGUCUUCUCCAUGGUCUUUACGCUGUCCUGGCUGCCGUUCUAUAUUCAGCGACUCGUCAAGGCUAUCACCGGCUUCAGCACUCAGACCACCCUAUUAAUUGUCAUCUACCUGCUGACGUUGAACCACGUGAUCGACCCGUUCGUCUACGUCCUCAUGAAGCCCCAGUACCGCAAGAAGUUUAACCAACUCUGCCGUAGGUGGCGCUCUAUCUUCUGCAAGCGUUGCCAUAGCAACGAAGGGACCACGUCAUCGGCAACUGGCGGGGAGGUUGUCGUCAGGAGCGUUUCUAGCGCUAAUCUCUACGGCAACCGCCGAAACAGCCUCGGAACAACGCUCAUCACUUCAUGUACCAUGACUGCAGGACAUGGCUACGGCACAAAUGCAUGGCUGGGGCUCACCCAACCCCAUGCUCCUAUGAUACAAGUCACAGCGGCUACCCCUAGCCUAGCCAGCGAGCCCAGCCGUCGGGCCUCGUCGACUGACGCUGCUCUCGAUGAGAUCGUCUCCCUGGACUCGAGCUGUACGGAUUCCAGUGCUGGUAAUCCUGGGAUUUAUCUGCUUGGGGAUUACCAGACUGCGGAUCAUCAGCCUGGAGGUAGUCAGCCUAUGGAUUACCAGGCCAGAGUUUAACAACGUUUGGAUUAAGAUCCCUGAUACGACAAGCCAGUGGAUUAGCAGCCUGUGGAUUAGCUUUGGGAUAAUCCAAGAGAUUAACCAGCUGCAUGGUUAUUGAGCCUUGGGACUUUUGGCCUGAGAACUAGCAGCAUGGAGAUUAUCAACCCAGAGAUUAAGAACCUGAUUAAGAACAUUGGAUUACCAAGCCUGUGGAUUAGCAUCCUUGGGAAUGGUUUAUCCUGUGGAU